AUGACUACAAAUACAGGACAUUUAAAAAAAAAAAACGCAACCUCUCUCAGUCUAAAGCGGCAAAUCAUUCAUCCUCCUCCUCCUCCUCAUUAUAAUUAUUAUCCUUCUUCUUCCUCCUCCUCCUCCUUCUUCUUAUUCUUCUUCUUAUUAUUAUUAUCCUCCUCCUCCUCCUUCUUCUUCUUAUUUUUUCUUCUUUUGUUGCUGUUCUCCUAUCCUCCUCCUCCUCCUCAUUAUUAUUAUUAUUAUUAUCAUCCUCCUCCUCUUCCUUCUUCUUCUUCCUUUGUUGUUGUUCUCCUAUCAUUCAUCCUCCUCCUCAUUAUUAUCCUCCUCCUCCUCCUCCUCUUUCUUCUUCUUCUUCUUCUUAUUAUUAUUAUUAUUAUUAUUAUCCUCCUCCUCCUCCUUCUUCUUAGCCUCCUCCUCCUCAUCCUUCUUCUUCUUUUUAUUAUUAUUAUUAUUAUUAUCCUCCUCCUCCUCCUUCUUCUUAGCCUCCUCCUCCUCAUCCUUCUUCUUCUUUUUAUUAUUAUUAUUAUUAUUAUCCUCCUCCUCCUCCUUCUUCUUAGCCUCCUCCUCCUCAUCCUUCUUCUUCUUUUUAUUAUUAUUAUUAUUAUCCUCCUCCUCCUCCUUUUCUUAGCCUCCUCCUCCUCAUCCUUCUUCUUCUUUUUUUAUUAUUAUUAUUAUAUCCUCCUCCUCCUUCUUUUCUUCUUCUUCUUCUUCUUCUUCUUCUUCAAAUCCAUUGCCGCAUAUUUCUCCAUUAUUAAUAUAUUCUUUCCCACUCUUUCUUUUCAUUUUUCUUUCUUGUUUCUUCAUCGCUCUCUUUUCUCAAAAAUCUUUUAUUUCCAUUCUUUGCUGGUUUGGCAAAUUACUUGUACCAUUUUUUUUUUUAGUUCCAGACUUAAUUUCUUUCCGUAUUAUAUUCGAUGUCUUUAUCUCUUCGAUAAUGAUUUGUCUACUCAUAUUCCGUUCUUGUACCCUUGCAGCUCCCGUCCUUUAGUCUACCCUAUUUCUACGCACUUUCUUUCUUUCUUUCUUUCUUUCUUUCUUUCUUUCUUUCUGUUUAAAAAGACUAUUUUAUUUUCUUUCUUAUCUUUUUUCCCUUUAAUAUUCUUUAUUUUUUUCCUUAUUUAUCCCACCAAUCUUUUUAGUAUGUAG